CUUGUAACUGCUUUUUUUUUUUUUUUUGCAUCACUGGUUACACUCGAUGAAGAAGAAAAAACUACGAACAUCUGCGCAUACUCCGAAUUCAGUCUGACACCAAAUUGAUACUAAGAAGACGGAACAAUUUAACGGUUACAAUGACGACUUCGUGGAGUGACCGCCUGCAGAACUAUGCUGACAUACCAGCCAACAUGGAUGGUGUGGCCAUGAAGAAAUAUCGACGUGACGCUCAUCACAGCUUUCCAAGGGAUCUGGCUCAAAACCAUCCUGCAAUGAGAGUGUUCGUCAACCGAAGCUUGGCCAUGGAGAAAAUCAAGUGUUUUGGUUUUGAUAUGGAUUACACUCUUGCAGUGUAUAAAUCUCCUGAGUAUGAGUCACUGGGCUUUGACCUGACGGUGGAGCGAAUGGUAUCAAUUGGAUAUCCACAAGAGUUGCUCAACUUCGUCUAUGACCCCUCAUUCCCCACCAGAGGUCUGGUGUUUGAUACAAUGUAUGGCAACCUGCUCAAAGUGGAUGCCUAUGGGAACAUCCUUGUGUGUGUGCACGGGUUCAACUUUUUGAAAGGACCUGACAUCCGAGAGAUGUACCCCAACAAGUUUAUUCAACGUGGAGACACAGACCGCUUCUACAUCCUCAAUACACUUUUCAACCUGCCUGAAACCUACCUCUUUGCAUGCCUGGUGGAUUUCUUCAGUAACUGUUCCAGAUACUCAAGCUGUGAAACUGGCUUCAAGGAUGGUGACCUUUUCAUGUCCUACAAGAGCAUGUUCCAGGACGUCAGAGAUGCUGUAGACUGGGUUCAUUUCAAGGGGUCCUUGAAAGAAAAGACAGUUGAAAACUUGGAAAAGUAUGUGGUAAAGGAUCCAAAGCUUCCUCUGCUGCUCAGCCGCAUGAAUGAAGUAGCCAGAGUAUUUCUGGCCACCAACAGUGAUUACAAAUACACAGAGAAAAUCAUGACCUACCUGUUCGACUUUCCCCAUGGUCCCAAGCCCAGCACAUCCCACCGACCCUGGCAGUCCUACUUUGACCUGAUCCUGGUGGACGCCCGCAAGCCUGUGUUUUUUGGAGAGGGAACAGUGUUGCGGCAAGUCGACACUACCACAGGUCGGCUGAAGAUUGGUACAUACACUGGACCUCUCCAACAUGGCAUUGUCUACUCAGGAGGUUCCUCAGACAUUGUCUGUGACUUGCUGGGUGCUAAAGGAAAGGACAUCAUCUACAUUGGAGACCACAUCUUUGGUGACAUUCUCAAGUCUAAGAAGCGUCAGGGCUGGAGAACUUUCCUGGUCAUACCUGAGCUGGCCCAGGAGCUGCAUGUGUGGACUGACAAGAGCUCCAUAUUUGAGGAACUUCAGUCACUGGACUGCUUCCUCGCAGAGCUUUACAAGCAUUUGGACAGCAGCAGCAAUGAGAGGCCUGACAUCAGCUCACUGCAGAGACGCAUUAAGAAAGUGACCCAUGACAUGGACAUGUGCUACGGCAUGAUGGGAAGUUUGUUUCGCAGUGGGUCACGACAGACGCUGUUUGCCUCUCAAGUGAUGCGCUAUGCUGACCUGUAUGCUGCCUCCUUCAUAAACCUGCUUUACUACCCCUUCAGCUAUCUUUUCAGAGCUGCACAUGUCCUGAUGCCUCAUGAGUCAACAGUAGAACACACGCACAUCAACAUCAUCUCCACAGAGUCACCAUUGGCAACGCGAAAUCGCCACGACGUCGACCUCAAGGAGAUGGAAUGCAAACGUCAUCAGCUGACCCGAUCCAUCAGCGAGCUCCAGCCUCCCCACUUUUUCCCUCAGGCUCCACAGGAGAUCACCCACUGUCAUGACGAGGAUGAUGACGAGGAGGAGGAAGAAGAGUAAAAGACAGUAACUGAACCUCCUGUCUCAACUCCAGUACAUCCAUUUCAAUGUUUUAGGCUGUCAUUUCUUUAUUUAAUAGCUACAGGACUGUAUUAGCAGAGGCUAGUGAUCAGAGCCACUUGCACACUUGCUGAUAACAUUUAGAAGAGUGGUUAGAGGUCUGCCACUUGUUAACCUGGUCUUGUACGUGGUAUGGCCUACUGUAUAGAAAAGUGGAGAGUUUAGAGUUUAGAUUUAUAUCUGUAGAUUUAUGCAGUGAGGUAAUGAAAUGGUCCUGUAUACAGAGUGUAAGAGAUAAACUAUCUUACUUUUUGUUUUUUUGAAAUUUUCCACUCUUAUUUGGGCAUCGGUACAUUUAUCAGGAACUAAGUCAUUCAAUUCAGUUCAAUUCAGUUUUAUUUAUAUAGUGCCAAUUACAGUUCAGAUUGUCUCAAGACACUUUAUAGAACCUAUAUGGCCUGAACACAUAUGCACACAUAUCCUUUCGUUUGUACUGUUCACUGGCCUGCCACCCAAUUUUGUACCACAGCUCUCACUUUAAAAUAUCGUAACAAUGAGGUGAAAAUGUUAACCUUACCCUAAAGAAACAAUCCAACCUAACAGCUCCAAAAUACCAAUAACACUGUUGAAACGGCGUCGUGAGGCACAUAGAUUGGAGUUUUGGGAUGAUACUGCAUUUUUUCACUUCCAGAGAAUAAUGGCCAAAUGUAGAGAUGUGAUGGUGUAAUUCACCCCAAUUUCAACAGAAGAUACUCUUUUUAAAAUCUCUACAGUAAAAUGUCUUGUGUGAGAUGCAUGUUCCUAACUAUCAUCCAUUCUUAUUUUUGUUUCUUUUUUUUAAAGGAAUUUUAGACAUUGUACAAACUAUAAAACCACAUCGGUUUCUACUUGAAACAAGUCGAACUGUAGUUUGUGUAUUACACAGCUGUUAAACCCAGAAUUAGUCAUUAAACAGCUCUACUUAAGAUAACUGUUAUUUGUUAAGCAGAGAGCUUGUAGGAUCAGCGGUAUGGAGUCACAGGAGUGCCACAAUAAAAUAUAAAUAAAUAAAUAAAUAAGGAAAUAAAUGUGGAAAUAGAAAGAGAAAUAAAUAAAUGUGGAAAUAGAAAGAGAAAUAAAUGAAUAAAUGUGGAAACAUAAAGAGAAAUAAAAUGUGGAAAUAUAAAUAAAUAAAUGUGGAAAUAUAAAGAGAAAUAAAUAAAUGUGGAAAUAUGAGAAAUAAAUAAGGAAAUAAAUGUGGAAAUAUAAAGAGAAAUAAAUAAAUAAAUGGAAAUAUAAAGAGAAAUAAAUAUAAAGAGAAAUAAAUGUGGAAAUAUGAAGAGAAAUAAAUAAAGGAAAUUUUUGUCUUUG